AUGCCCCCCGGCGUGACGGGCAAAGAUGUGAUUGUAGCCCUAUGUGGGCUGUUUGAUAAAGAUGAUGUCCUGAAUCACGCCAUCGAAUUCACUGGUUCUGAGGAAACCAUGCGAAGUCUGCCCGUGGAUGAUCGGUUGACGAUUGCAAACAUGACUACCGAAUGGGGUGCGCUGACCGGUCUAUUCCCUAUCGACGACGUGUUGAAGGGCUGGCUGAAGGCUAAGGCGACGACUGCCGCCAUGGGUCUAGCCGAUGGCCCUUUUAAGACCUUGGCCCCGCAACAGUUCACCCAUCCGCGUUUGGAGCAGCUGUUUGCAAACCCCUUGACUGCCGAUAAGGGAGCCAAGUACGACAAGGAGCUCUUCUUGGAUCUUUCCUCGCUCUCCCCGUACGUGUCGGGCCCUAACUCCGUGAAGGUGGCUACUCCUCUUAAUGAACUGGAGGCCGCCGAUAUCAAGGUGGACAAGGCCUACCUAGUCUCUUGUACGAACUCACGCGCUUCUGAUAUCGCCGCCGCUGCCCGCGUGUUCAAGGAGGCCGCUGAAAAGAAUGGCGGUCAAAUGCCUAAGAUCGCGGACGGCGUCAAGUUCUAUAUUGCCGCCGCUUCUAUCCCUGAGCAGAUUGCUGCGGAGGAAGCUGGUGACUGGCAGACUCUGCUUGAUGCCGGUGCCACGGCUCUGCCCGCCGGGUGCGGACCUUGCAUUGGCCUGGGUACUGGUCUUCUUGAGCCCGGCGAGGUUGGCAUCAGCGCCUCUAACCGCAACUUCAAGGGCCGGAUGGGCUCGACGGAUGCCAAGGCAUACCUAUCUAGCCCUGAGAUUGUGGCGGCGAGCGCCCUAAACGGUAAAAUCUGUGGACCUGGCUGGUAUCAGGCGCCCGAGGGCUGGGAUGGUGUCAUUCGGGGCGAGGGUGAGAGUCCGGACCGGAUGAUCACAGCGGAGGAGGCUCUUGAGAAGGUGAUUGGCCAGAUCGAUGACCUUGUGGCCGACGGCGAGAAGAAAUUUGCCCCUGAGACGACCGAGGCCGAAGCUUCGACAGGCGAUGCCUUGGUUGAAGUGUACCCAGGGUUCCCUGAGCGCGUCUCUGGUGAGAUCGUCUUCUGUGACGCCGACAACAUUAACACGGAUGGGAUCUAUCCGGGAAAAUACACCUACCAGGACGACGUGCCCGUUGAGACAAUGGCUAAGGUGUGCAUGUCUAACUAUGACGCCGAGUUCUCUUCAAUUGCCAAACAGGGCGAUAUCCUGGUUUCCGGCUUCAACUUUGGCUGUGGCAGUUCGCGCGAGCAAGCCGCCACUGCCAUUCUGGCCAAGCAAAUCCCUCUCGUGGUGUCCGGCAGCUUCGGCAACAUCUUCUCGCGGAAUAGCAUUAACAACGCUCUAAUGGGGCUUGAGGUUCCGCGCCUAAUUAACCGUCUACGUGAGGCUUUUGCGUCUGACGGCAAGGCCCUAACCCGUCGCACCGGCUGGACGUUGACUUGGGAUGUGCGCCGCAGCCAGAUCGAGGUGCAGGAGGGACCGAACGGGCCUAAGUGGACGCACAAGGUUGGUGAGCUGCCACCGAACGUGCAGGAGAUCAUCGCCAAGGGCGGCCUGGAGAAGUGGGUUAAGAACGCGAUCGGAGCUUGA